ACAACCCAUCUCUGCAACACGAGUAUUUCAACCUUGUCAGUCUUUCUCUGGCUAGUGUUGAUAAAAAUCAUGUCGAGCGAUGACACCAUUCCAAUGACAGUCGAGUUCAGUGGAGGGCUCGAGAUCCUUUUUGCAAACCAGAAGAAAUAUGAUCUUUCGCUACCCACCAAAGACGAAUCUGGCAAGCCUACAAAUGUUGCUUUUCUAGUGAGAUUUCUUUGUGACAAUGUCAUGAAGGACCCACGCAAGGAACUCUUUGUGCUAGACGGCACUGUACGGCCUGGUAUCUUGGUCCUCAUCAAUGAAGCCGACUGGGAAUUAGAAGGGGAAGAUGAGUAUCAAGUACAAAAGGGGGACCAUGUCAUGUUUGUCUCUACACUUCAUGGGGGUUGAGAUAUGUGCAUAGGGCGGAGGAAACAUCAGUGUACCCGAGUGAUUUUUGAUGUACGAAACAUGCGUGGCGGUGUGUAGAACGUUAGAAUGGUCAACGUAUCCAAAAUACAAGCCAGAGCUACAAGCGAAAGCAUAGUCUGGCUUACAUAAGGUGUCGAUGCGAAGUUGU